AUGGAGCAUGUUCGAACCGAGAGAGAAACGCAAGAACUCGAGGCCCGCUGGCGUCGUCGUCUCCAGGCAUCUACUCCACCCCAAGCAUCAUCACAACCACCUCUCAUCAUCGGUGCGCCGCUAGGAAAGAACCUCAACGCAGUCGAGGCAGCAACACGGCUCGUGUCACAAUGGGAAGCAAUCUAUCACUCGAAUCCCGCGCUAUCUGUUCUCGAAGCUCUGAAUCAAGCCCGCACUCAACUCACCUCUCUACAACCCUCCGACGAGGCCACCGUCAAUCCGGAUGAGACAAUAACGACAACAACACCUCUCAACUACCUCCAAGAACACAAACAAACGGCCAUCUCAGACCGCAUCAAAAUCUUGGAGUCCGCCCUCCUAGAAUCGAGUUUCCCUCCGGAACGCGCCAACAUCUCCGCAGCAAUAUCACUCUACCGCACAUCCCGCAUCCCCUACUCCUCAAACUGGGCCCUCAUCUACGCCGGAGCCCUCGUCGACUUCGCACCGACAUACAGCUCCUUCACCUCGGACCGCGCCGAGCGUCUGGACCGCUACGAGAGGAUGCACGGCCCCGGAUGGCUCUGGUUCGAGCCGCCCCUGGCCCGCGACUCCGCGCCCCUCUUCUCCGCCCGCCGCGGGACGUGGGUCCCGGAGACGGACACUUCUUACGACAUGGGACACUACAGCAUCACCAUGUCUUUCCGCCGCAUGAAGAACAUCGUGCACCGCGGCACCGCUCGGAAGAGACGCCAUUCCGAGAUUCCCCGUGAAGACGGAGAAACAGAAUGGCCCCUCCCGGAGUCCGACUCGGACUCGGAAAGCUCUCUGUCGUCAUCCACGCCGCAAAAACCAGCUAAGUCGACUAGCCCGCCCACGGAUCUCCGCAGGUCACGCCCCACGCGACAUCCGGGCAUGAGGAACGACUCCUCCGCGCCGACGCUGCAUUUCAGGAUGCUCCUCGACAGCGGCGCCACGCUCCCGAUGCUCUACGACCGCGACGCCGCGGCGCUCGGAAUCAACCGUAAGUCGUACGCCGCCGUGUCCCGCAUCAAGGUCGAGACGGCGGGCGACGUGCUUUCGACGUGGCUCUACGAGAUGCAGGUCUCCAUCGUCGACACGACGACCUGCGACUCCCUGGUCUCGUCGACUUCCCCUGUCUGGCCCGCAGAAGAACACGCCUUGGGCGGCAUCGUCCCGGUCAUGGUCCGUCCUUCACCGGCCGGGUCAAUAUUUUCCGCGCCGGCAGGGAAAACCGGGGCAUGUGCGCAGACGGUCGGCGGGGAGAUCACGCUUCUUGAGACGGCGACGUCGAUCGUCGACGAGGCCGAGGGGCGGGACUACGGACGUCUUUCGGGGCUUUUGCCUUUCAAAUGCUGCUAUGUCCAGUCUACUCCCGGCCUGAGGGCGCUGUGGCUGGGCGAGGACAGGCGAGAUGUUCUGGGCGCGCAGCGGAUGCCGGGACAGAUGCGCUGGGCCCCUGGGUCUAAUCGGGUUUGCGAUCCGGGACAACCCAGGAGCCUGUGGAAGGAGGUCUGCGGUGAGCGCAACGGGAAGCCCGUGUUACUGAGAAUGGCGCACGAGAACGACGUGUCUGAGGGAGAUGGUGGUGAUAUAGUGCGCAUGGUUGAUUUCGAGGAGAAAAAUUGGAAGGGCCGGAGCGAGGUGUUAGUUGUGGAUGGCGACGGGGUUCGGACGAAGCACAUUAUCGAGCCCAGAUCGUUGCGGAGUCAGGGUGUGAAGAAGAGGAAAUUGGCGGAAUAG